AAGUUUCAAACCAUUGAAUUUCUCUCCUCUCAAAACAAUGUUCUUUCUUGGUUUUUUGUUUCCUCAACCAACAUUCUAACAACCUUAAUUAUUGUAACAAAAAAAAAAUAAAAGGAACAAAGUACAUUGCAUUACAUUAUUUCAAACAAAACUCUUCAAAAGCUUUCCAAUAAGUAUGAACCUAUUUGGUGGCAAGCCACCACAAGGAGGGGCGAAGUUUACACGCCGGACAUCAAGCGGACGAGUAGUGAGUCUAUCAAGAGAUGAUGACAUGGAUAUGUCCGGUGAGUUUGCUGGCCAAAAUGAUUAUAUCAAUUACACCGUUAUGAUGCCACCAACACCAGAUAAUCAGCCCGGAACAUCUGAUUCAAAGCAAGGGACUACAAGAUUUGCCUCGGAUACUCAACAAGGAAGGGGUGCUGGCGGAGGUGGUGCAUCUAAAAUGGAUAGAAGAAUGUCGGUGUUGAGCUCGGAAAAUAAUAAGUCUAUGUUAUUAAGGAGCCAAACUCAAGAUUUUGAUCAUAAUAGAUGGUUGUUUGAGACUAAAGGAACCUAUGGAAUUGGAAAUGCUUUUUGGCAAGAUGAUCCAAAUUCUUUUGGAGAUGAAUGUGAAAUGAGCAUGUCAGAUUUUAUGGACAAACCUUGGAAACCAUUAACUAGAAAAGUUCAAAUUCCAGGCGCUAUACUCAGUCCUUAUAGGUUGUUGAUUGUUCUCCGUAUGGUGGUUCUAAUAUUUUUCUUAGCUUGGCGAGUUCGGAACCCGAACUUUGAUGCACUGUGGUUAUGGGGGAUAUCAAUUGUUUGUGAAAUUUGGUUUGCUUUCUCAUGGCUUCUUGAUAUUCUCCCCAAACUGAACCCUAUAAACCGAAGUGCGGACCUUGUUGCAUUACAUGACAAGUUUGAUCAACCGUCUCCUUCAAAUCCAACCGGUCGGUCAGAUUUACCAGGCAUGGAUGUUUUUGUUUCAACCGCUGAUCCUGAGAAAGAACCGCCUCUUGUCACGGCGAACACAAUUCUUUCCAUUCUUGGUGUAGAUUAUCCUAUUGAAAAGGUCUCAUGCUAUAUUUCAGAUGAUGGUGGUGCCAUUCUCACUUUUGAAGCCAUGGCUGAAGCUGUGAAAUUUGCCGAGUUAUGGGUACCAUUUUGUCGAAAACACAAUAUCGAACCAAGGAAUCCAGAUGCUUACUUCAACAUAAAGAAAGAUCCUACAAAGAACAAGAAAAGACAUGAUUUUGUAAAAGAUAGGAGAUGGAUGAAGAGAGAAUAUGAUGAAUUUAAAGUGAGAAUCAAUGGACUACCUGAGGUAAUAAAGAAAAGAUGUAAAAUGUAUAACAGCAGGGAAGAGAAGAAAGAAAAACAGUUAGUUAAGGAGAAAAAUGGCGGAGUUUUACCACCGGAUACAACAAUUGAUGUCCCUAAAGCUACAUGGAUGGCUGAUGGUACUCAUUGGCCAGGAACUUGGCAAAAUUCUACACCUGAUCAUGCUAAAGGUGACCAUGCUGGAAUCUUGCAGGUGAUGAGUAAGGUACCAGAGCAUGACCCUAUAAUGGGCCAUCCAGAUGAGAAAAGUCUAGAUUUCACAGGCGUAGACAUUAGAGUUCCAAUGUUCGCAUAUGUUUCUCGAGAGAAGCGGCCCGGGUUUGACCAUAACAAGAAAGCAGGAGCCAUGAACUCCAUGGUUCGAGCCUCAGCCAUUUUGUCCAAUGGCCCUUUUAUACUGAAUUUGGAUUGUGACCACUAUAUCUUCAAUUCACGUGCUUUGAAGGAGGGAAUGUGCUUCAUGUUGGACCGCGGCGGCGAUCGUGUUUGUUACAUACAGUUUCCACAGAGAUUUGAAGGGAUUGAUCCCUCGGAUCGAUAUGCAAAUCAUAACACAGUCUUCUUUGACGGAAAUAUGAGAGCAUUGGAUGGUCUACAAGGUCCAAUGUAUGUCGGAACCGGUUGCAUGUUUAGGAGAUAUGCACUCUAUGGAUUUGAACCUCCAAGAUUCAUUGAGCACACAGGUGUAUUUGGAAGAGUAAAAACCAAGGUGAAUCAUAAUCCAAAUCAAGCAAGAUUACACCUUGAUGAUGAUCAGGAGCCCCUACCAGGUGAUUCAGAAUUGGGUUUACCGCAAAAAUUUGGAAACUCAAGUAUGUUCACCGAUUCCAUACCUAUAGCUGAAUUCCAAGCAAGACCACUUGCUGAUCAUAAAUCUGUCAAGAAUGGCAGGCCACCAGGGGCAUUGUUAACGCCACGCCUACCGUUGGAUGCUCCUACUGUUGCUGAGGCAAUUGCUGUCAUCUCAUGCUGGUAUGAGGAUAAAACAGAAUGGGGAGAUAGAAUAGGUUGGAUUUAUGGAUCAGUGACAGAAGAUGUUGUAACUGGUUACAGAAUGCACAACCGUGGAUGGAGAUCGAUAUAUUGCAUCACAAAAAGAGACGCUUUCCGUGGAACAGCACCUAUAAAUCUCACCGAUCGUUUACACCAAGUUCUAAGAUGGGCAACAGGUUCAGUAGAAAUUUUCUUCUCAAAAAACAACGCGAUUUUCGCAAGUAGACGCCUUAAAUUCUUACAAAGAAUUGCAUACCUCAAUGUCGGAAUCUACCCUUUCACCUCAUUUUUCUUGGUCAUAUAUUGCUUCCUUCCAGCAAUGUCACUUUUCUCAGGACAAUUCAUAGUCCAAGGCUUAGAUCCAGCAUUUCUAACUUACCUUCUUCUCAUCACAGUCUCACUUUGUCUAAUCUCACUCCUUGAAGUAAGAUGGUCAGGAAUUGGCCUCGAAGAAUGGUGGCGUAACGAACAAUUUUGGGCCAUUGGUGGAACCAGUGCGCAUCUUGUCGCUGUCAUACAAGGAUUAUUAAAAGUCGUAGCCGGCAUAGAGAUUUCAUUUACAUUAACAACAAAAUCAGCUGGUGAAGAUGAGGAAGAUGUCUAUGCUGAUCUUUACCUAGUGAAAUGGACUAGUCUCUUCAUUAUGCCACUAACAAUUAUUAUUGUCAAUAUUGUUGCACUUAUCAUGGGAUUUUUAAGGACAGUAUACAGUGUUAUACCUCAGUGGAACAAGCUUAUGGGAGGUACAUUCUUUAGUUUUUGGGUCUUGUCUCAUAUGUACCCUUUUGCUAAAGGGUUGAUGGGUAGAAGAGGAAGGGUUCCAACAAUUGUUUAUGUUUGGUCAGGGUUGCUUUCUAUUACUAUUGCAUUGCUUUGGAUUUCAAUUGAUCCUCCAACUGAUACUACUGCUUCAGGAGGAAAUUUUCAAAUAUGAUUAUUAUAUUCUAAUAUUUUUGGUUAGGAAGAGUAUGUGUCACUAUUCAUUAUGUAUAUCAUCAUAUAUAAGAAUGUCACAAUGUGACAAGAAAUAGAAGUGAAAGAUAGAUUUUGUCUUUUCUUCAA